AAGCAGAGAUUGCAUUUAUGUUUAAAUUAGAAGAAUUAUUAGACUUUGUGGAGUGCUGUCUUCGAGAGACUACAAAGCACAUACUUAAUACUUGUUCACAAGAUUUAGAAUUUUUUAACAAAUGGAUUGACAAAGAGCUUUCUGUUCGCCUGGAAUAUACUACGAAUAACCCUUUUAUACGUAUGACAUAUUCAGAAGCUAUAGAUAUACUCUCUAAAGCAAAUAAAAAGUUCGAAUUUCAGCCUGUAUUCGGUGCAUCAUUCCAUAGUGAACAUGAAAAAUAUUUGGCAACCGAUUAUUGUCGUGGACCAGUUUUUAUUACAGACUAUCCUAAACAGAUAAAGCCAUUCUAUAUGCGUGUAAAUCCGGAUAAUAAAACAGUAGCAUGUACAGAUUUACUUUUCCCAAAAAUUGGUGAGUUAGUUGGUGGAAGUCUAAGAGAAGAACGCUAUCAUGAACUAGUAAAAAGAUUAAAAGAAUUUAAUUUGAACACCGAAGAAUUUCAAUGGUAUCUUGAUUUGCGAAAAUAUGGAACUAUUCCUCAUGGUGGGUUUGGGAUUGGGUUCGAAAGAUAUUUACAAUAUAUUACCGGUAUGGACAAUAUACGCGAUGUUAUAGCAUUUCCAAGAUCAACAAAUUAUUGUAAAACUUGA